GCCGUCGUCUCUGCCUUCAAAAAGCGCCCGAAGCAGCGUCUUAUCGGUCCUUUUCGUCGCGAUUCCCUUCCUCGGUGUGGUUUUGCCAGCACUGGGGCUGGUCUCCGCGGCCGGACCAGCGCCCAAGGCGGAGGGCGUCCUUUCAGUUUCGUUUCUCGCAGCCCGGCUCUGGCGCCAUGUCUACAGUCAUGGCAGAAGGUAGUGGAGAGCCUGGAAGGAGUGCCAGCCUGGAGAAUGAGCUCAGCUGUCCCAUCUGCAUGUGUCUCUAUAAGAGCCCAGUAAUUCUGAGCUGCGGGCACAGCUUCUGCAAGCAGUGCAUCCAGAAGGUACUCAAUACUCAGCAGCAGUCUGGGGCUCCUUAUUCCUGCCCUAUGUGCAAGAUCCAGCUGGGGCCCAUCUUGGAGCUGCAAAAGAAUUAUCAGCUGUGCAGCAUUGUGGAGACAUUUCUGGCUACCAAUUCCAAAGGACAACAGGAGGAUGGCUCUAAAGAGGUGAAGAAGGCAACGAUUCCCUGUGACUUCUGCCUGGACGAGUCCCAGACAGCGGUGAAAACCUGCCUGAUGUGUGAUGUGUCUUUGUGCCAGGCCCAUUUGAACAAACACAAUGCCAAGGCUUCCCAGCAGGACCACAUACUGGUGGAGGUGGGCACAGGCAGUAUGGCAGAUGAGAGGAGGUGCCAGGAGCACGGCAAGCUGCUGGAGUGCUACUGCCAGGACGACGGACUGUACAUCUGCGUGCUGUGCUCCAUUGCGGGAAAACACAAGGGCCACAACAUCAUCACCGUGAAGGAGGCACACGGACAGCAGCUGGAUGAACUCUCGAACAAGGUGACAUGGCUACAGGAAUGCGAAAAAAAAUUAGCUACUGCACUAGAAGGACUUCAGAAAAGCGAGCAGCAGGUCAAGACCAAUACAGAAUUGGUGACUUCCCAGCUGGCAAAGCUGUUUGACGAGAUGAAGAGACAGAUUUCUGAGAAAAUGGUGAAAAUUGUGUGUGACAUUAAAUCCAGUGAGGAAAAACAACUGGCAACAAUUUCUGAAGUGAAGGAGAAAAUGAAAAAAAGGAGAAAUGAGGCUGUGCAGCAUCUUCAGUCUUUGCAGCAGAUGAGAGAGCAACAAGAUGUUUUCCGCUUCUUUAAAGAAUUUAAACUGGUGAAGGACAGGACCAGUGGCCAGGAUUUCAGUGUCAGCACGAUAAGCGCGGCAGUGGUGCAGAUGGAUCAGGCCAGGAUCGACAGCUACCGACAUGUAGCACAGGACUUCUUGAGUCGCCUGGAUGUACUCAUGCAACAACUGCAACGGGAACUUGACAACCAAAUUCAUCAGAACAGCAAGGCGGCUUCAAAUCCCAGUAAGCCUUCAAUACACAUAAAUCCAAGACAAUCAGCAAGUGGUUUUUACUUUGCAAGCAGUGCGGGGCCACAGAUUUGUCCAAGUGCAUUUAGUACAGGACUAGGCCAACAGAGUGGAUCCUUUGGCACAGGUCUAUUCUCAUCUCAAUGGAGAUAGAAGUAAGGAGAGAUGAAAAAAGGAGCAUGGAAAGAAAAAGUUAAAUAUUGUCCGUAAUGUCUUCUAAUAAUGGUACUGUGCCUUGACAGCCUCUCCUGUAUACCUGCUAUUAAAAGUAAAUCUGCAAAUGCUACAGAAUUGGAAAAGAAUGCUAGGAGUUAACAUGAACAUAAAGUCUCCAACUGCAGCUGGCUUCCAAACCAUGAAGUAUAUAUUGAUGAUAUGUGUGUACUAUUAACUGUAGUGACUAUAGUGUAAUUAUGUGGCUGUGUAAUGAAAUAAAUGGCUACAGUUAGGGAUAA